GAACCGCUAGGCUAUACCAAAUCAAGCAUCCAGCUCCAUCCACAAACAAGGCUAAGACAACCAACACCAUCCUCCAAACGCUCAAGACGUAGGUUCCCGGGCGGACAAGACAUGAGCUUUCAAGCGCCUCCAAGCCCGAACCCCCACGAUCCAUCAUUAUCCUCACCUUCUUCUCCCGCGCCUGUGCCAUCUCCAACGUCUACGGCGCGUCACUACCAGCAGCAACAACAGUACCAACAGCAGCAGCACUCCCCGCAACCGCAGCAUCAGUGGCAGCAGCAGCAGAUCGCUAUGAUGAAUGGUAUGAAUGGGACGAACAUGGCUGCCGGGAUGCCUGUUCCUACGCCUGCGGGCCACCAAGCUGAACUUAACUACAUCUAUGGUAUGGUUGAGGAGCUCAGCCGCCAACUUGCAGAGAACCGAAGAGUUACAGAAGAUAUUGUCAAUGGUUUAGGACGAGUGAGGAACAGGGCGAGGGCACAGGGGGUCAGCAAUUCACAAGUCAUUGAAAAUGCUGCCGAUGAUAUAAAUGGCCAAGAACAAAACAUCGACGUUCUCGUAUCCCUCCUCACAGAGUCUCUCGAAAAGGCAAAGUUCAGCCGUGACGCUAAUGCCAAACUCCUCUCGCAAUACGCCAACGCCAUGGCAAACCUCCUUCGACAAUUCCACGAGUACAAGACAAAGCACGUCAGCGACGUAGCAGCCUGGCACCGCUCCUACCGUAAGCAACUCGCCGAUGCACGCGACGAGAACGCUCGUCUUCGCGAACAAAUCUGGCAGAUGCAAGCGCACGCAGGCCGCGCCAACGAAAGCCUCCGCGAGUACCGGCGCAAGUACGACGAAGACGAAGGUCGCUGGAACAAACUCGUCGAUGAGAAGGCACAUCGUCAGGAGUUGCGGUUCUGGAAGCGCAUGGCUAUGCCUGAACUCGAUGAUGAUGAUCCAUACUGGAGUGACGAUGAUGAUAUUAUCGAUCCGGCUGAAAAGCAAAGGCUGCAUGAACUGGACCUUAAGGCGGCGCAGGAGCAGCUGGACAGUCAGGCGGAGGAUAGUGAUGGGCAGGGUCCGCCGCCUCAGCUGCCGCUACCGGGUAUGGGGAUCGGGAUGGGCAUGAUGGGAGGUAUUCCGAUGCAGAGAGAGGAUUCCGGGGCUUCGCAUGGUGUACCUGCGCUGCCACCUCGGCCGUCGAGUGCGGCGUCAAGUACAGGGUCGACGGGGCAGUAGGGGGGAGUUUUUGAAGGGCACGGAGACGACUUGAAAAAAUGGGAAUGUUUUGAUUUAGCGAUACCCAAGACAUGAAUGGAUAUGUACUAUAGGAAUAAAUGGAUUUUAUGUGUUAGCAAUAUGCUAUUGCAUGGCUUUCCUGAGCAUCAGGAGCCACGAAGAAUGAAGCGGUAUCUUGC